UGGCGUUGCGAAGCACGGAGGCUGUGUUGAUUUUUCACUAUGGGUGGCGUUAAUGCGGGAUUGACAAGUGAAAGCCUCAGUAGUACUCAAGACUCGGUGCCGUUGGCAGUCCCUCGAAGCUUGUGUGCCCUCUUGAUCUAGUUCGGAACAAAUUUUCCUUCACAGCACCCACGCAAAGACAUGGUCAAUUCCCGUACCGUUCUCGUCGAUGACAAUCUCUUGAAGUACAAUCCCUCCAUCGGCUCCUCCCAAUGGGGCACAGGGGAGGGCCAUACCAGUCAGUUUAUCAAUGACAGUACACAUGACGCGGCGCGCAGCGGGCUCUCUUUUGCCUACUCGUUCUAUGGAACAUCUCUUGCGUGGAGCGGCGUUCUUUGGGAAACGGAAGAUGUGUCCUUCUCUAUCUCUGUUGAUAACGAAAACGCGACGACGUGUAACGCCAGUGGCGGUGAUGAAGAGUCGAACAUAUACAAACAACUUUGCCAAGCCAGUGGUCUAAGCAACAGCGCCCAUACGGUCAACGUUACAUGCAGAGGCAUCGACUCGGAAUCGCCUGUAUCCAUCGACUAUGUCACGUAUACUGUCGAUACAGACUCUGACUCUGAUGUCCCACCGGGACUUUCUCCCGGCGUGUUCAUACUCAUCGAUGAUAGCGAUUCCUUGAUCAGCUACAACGGCUCGUGGUCACAGAACUCGGAUGAUACCUUCAAGACGAACGGUUCAGGUGAUUCAAUCAUUUUCACUCCCUACGGAGGCGGUGUACAUAGGAGCAACUCCGCCGGCAGCAGAUUUACUUUUCGAUUCUCUGGUAGCGCUGUAUCAGUAUAUGGUGUUCAGCAAUCGGCGAGUGGGAGUCUUGCCGUAUCUUUUGAGAUCGACGGUUCAUCUCAAGAUGGGUUUAAUGUCACUGGAAGUGGCGACAACGAUAUCGCAUUGGCAAAUCUUCCUUUGCUCAGUGCGGCAGGUCUCUCCUCGGGAGACCAUGAGGUGGCUGUUAAUCUGACCGAGAUCUCCGGGGAUCAGGUAUUCGAGUUGGAUUACAUUCUUUACGAGCCAAUAUAUGGGAAAAGUGAAGAUAUUGGCACUUCUUCCAUUGGAUCAGGAUCGUCUACAUCAGAACCAAUCCCAACAGGAACAACAAGAUCGUCAGAUGACGGGGGCCCUAAGAACAACACCGGUACCAUCGUCGGCGCUGUUUUGGCAUCUCUCGUUGCGUUGGCUGUACUAUCGAGUCUUCUUUAUUGGUGCUGGAAGCGAAGACACUGUGCAGGCAGUGAUUUCCAGAUCGAUGGAACGAACGAAGCGUUUCAAUACAAAGUCGUCUCGACGGCUGAGUCAUCGGAAGGAGGUAUGGCAGGGGUGACUAUCCCACCGCCUGCUCUGAUUGCGCCUUCUACAAGUCCGGAAUCAUCUUCCCGGGACGUUCCAUUCUUUGACGACCCAAAUGGUCCUAGCCACGAUCAACCACGCGCGUACGAUACAAACAGCACUGACGCACGCUUAUUGUCUGCAUCCAGCAGUCCAUAUACACAAAUGACUGGCACGCCAAUAGUCCGUGCUUUCAAUAGCGUUGCCUAUAGCCCACCCACACUAUCAAGAGAUAUUUCAUUUGCACAAGGACAAAUCCUACCGACCCACCAUCUCAACACGACGUUAUCCAAUACACAGAUAGAUCCAGAAGAGGACGUCUAUACGAUCAGAAUGCCGGGUACAAGUGGCCGAAGAAUUUUAUCGCAUAGGAUUGAUGAUGAUUCACCUCCUGUUCCAACAAAAGCCAUAACAGGGACUACGCGCUGUAGGUUGUUCCGUAUGGUUCUUUUGGUCCUAUCUUAAUGGCCGCAGUGUCUCUUCCCCCGGAUAGGGAUGUCAUCGCCUCCCAAUUAGCAACUUUCGAAAAGAUCAAACCACCCUCCCCAGAACGUAGCACUUCGCAUGCCCCCAGCGCAUUCCCUUCAACCGACUUCAACCCUGUUCCUUCUCAGAUCACGAAGUUGGAUGAAGUCUACGCCAACAGAAGACGUAGCUUGGACGAUCCAAGCCUUGGUGCAACAUCAACGGGGCCUUGUCAGGGAAUUCACUCGGAGAGCAACGGU